AGGAAGAAGCAAGAGAAAUUAUAACACGAAAUUCACUUCUUUGGAACGUUUAUCUAUUUUUUUCAGCCAAUGGCGAAAAGGUUGCCAUUGAUUUUCCUCCUUGUUUUACAUUUUUUAGUAUCGGGAGUGUUGUCCAUGAGUAUUCUUACCAUAGAGAACAAGUGCAAUCACACAGUUUGGCCAGUUAUCUUCUCAUGGAACGUCGACUCACAGGUCUUCCCAACUGGCUUCGCUCUCAGAAGAGGGGAGGCACGAGCCAUACAUGCGCCAUCUUCAUGGUACGGUCUUAUCUCGGCUAGGACGCUAUGCUCCACCGACUCAACAGGAAAAUUCUCUUGCGUCACAGGAGACUGCGAAUCCGGUACGAUCGAGUGUCCCGGCAAUUACGGUUGGGCUCCGGUGACUUAUGUCUACUUUAGAAUCAAUAAUGGUGGGAUCAACAGCUACACCAUCAGUGUUGAGUAUGGUUACAACCUUCCACUAAUGGUGGUCCCUUCACAGCGUACCCGGACAUGUAUCAGCGCUGGUUGCGUUGUUGAACUGAACAAGACUUGUCCAAAAGAUCUGAUGAAGCUGUCCAGAGAAAAUCUAGUCGCAUGUAGUAGCACGUGCAUGGAGUUUGAUACACCGGAGACUUGUUGUACCCAAGACUUCAAGUCAAAGCAAAACUGCAAGCCGACAGUGUACACGCAGAACUUCGAGCGAGCUUGCCCACUCGCUCAGAUCUACGCCUACGAUGAUAAUAAUAGCACCGUUACAUGCCGAAACUCUACUGACUACAACAAAUGCGAUUACACAGUUUGGCCAGUAAUCUUUUCAUGGAAGUUACCGAUCUCCCCAAACGGCUUCGCUCUCACAAGCGGGGAGGCACGUACCGUACAUGCAGAGUCUUCGUGGUACGGUCUUAUAUCUGGUCGGACGCUCUGCUCAACCAACUCUAGAGGAAACUUCUCGUGCGCUACGGGAGACUGCCAAUCCGGCAAUAUCGAGUGUCCCGACGAAUACGAGUGGUCUGCUGUGACUUAUGUCUAUUUAAGAAUCGAUGACGGUGGAAUCAACAGCUACACCAUCAGUCUCGAGUACGGUUACAACAUUCCGCUAAUGGUCGUCCCGUCCCAUAGUAGCGGUACAUGUAUCAGCUCAGGUUGUGUGGUUGACCUGAAAAAGACAUGUCCUGAUGAUCUUGAGUUAUUCACCGGGGGAAACAAAUCGGUUGCAUUAGCGCGUGUCGAAAAUACGAACUUCGAGAAAGCUUGCCCAUCUGCCUAUAGCUACGCCUACAACAAUAAUAACAGCACGUUCAUAUGCCCUAACUCAACUGACUUCGUCAUCACGUUUUGUCCCUCCUCGAUUCCUAACACCACCAGGUUUCUUCAUCCUAAGUUUUUUCUUGCAGGAGGCUCGGCUGCUUUAGUUGUCUUGAUCAUUAUUGUUGGGAUUGUGGUAAUGGUGAGAGGAAAGAAUGAGAGAAAUUCGAACUAUGAGAACGUUGAAGCGGUUGUAAUGUUGAAAAGAUAUAGUUAUAAAAACGUCAAGAAGAUGACAAACUCAUUCGCUCAUGUUAUUGGGAAAGGAGGAUUUGGAACUGUCUAUAAAGGAAAAUUACCUGAUGCCAGCGGCCGAGAUAUUGCACUAAAGAUCUUGGAGGAUACAAAGGGGAAUGGAGAUGAUUUCAUCAAUGAAUUAGCUAGCAUGAGUAUAGCAUCUCAUGUUAAUAUCGUUUCUCUGUUUGGUUUUUGCUAUGAAGGAAGCAAGCGAGCUAUAAUUUACGAGUUCAUGCCAAAUGGAUCACUUGACAAGUUUAUUUCCGAGGAUAUGUCAACGAAGAUGGACUGCAGAACUUUAUACAACAUUGCGGUAGGUGUUUCUCACUGGUUAGAGUACUUGCACAAUAGUUGUGUAUCCAAGAUUGUGCAUUUCGAUAUAAAGCCACAAAAUAUACUCAUGGACGAAGAUUUUUGUCCCAAGAUUUCGGAUUUCGGUCUUGCUAAGCUCUGCAAAAAAAAUGACAGUAUCAUAUCAAUGUUAGGCGCAAGAGGGACUGUAGGGUACAUUGCUCCUGAAACCAAUCCAGCUGACCGUCCACCAAUGAAAAAAGUUGUUGAAAUGUUAGAGGGAAGUCUAGAAGCUCUAAAGGUUCCACCUAAGCCGACCUUGACUUUACCCGCGCCAAUGACAAAGAGGUUGCCAUUAAUUCUCCUCCUUGCUUCACACUUGUUCGUAUCAGGAGUGUUUUCCACGAGUAUCCUUACCAUAGAGAACAAAUGCAGUAACACAAUUUGGCCAGUUAUCUUUUCAUGGCGGUCACAAGUCUCAACCACCGGCUUCACUCUCAAGACCGGAGAGGCGCGUGCCAUAGAAGCGCCAUCUUCAUGGUACGGUCUUAUCUCAGCUAGGACUCUUUGCUCCAACUCAACAGGAAAUUUCUCAUGCGCCACGGGAGACUGCGAAUCCGGCGAGAUAGAGUGCCCCGGCGCAUACAGUUGGUCUCCUGUGACUUACAUCUUAUUUAGAAUCGAUGACGGCGGAAUCAACAGCUAUAUCAUCAGCCUCGAGUACGGUUACAACCUUCCACUAACGGUUGUCCCGUCAAGCCCGGCAUGUAGCAGCUCAGGUUGUAUGGUUGACUUGAAUAAGACAUGUCCAAAUGAUCUUAAGAAAUUCUCUAAGGGAGAUUUAGUCGCCUGCAAUAGCGCGUGUCGAGAAUCCGAAUCCCAGGAGAAUUGUUGCACACAUUACUUCAACUCAAAGCAAACUUGUAAGGCGACACAGUACGUACAGAACUUCGACCGUGCUUGCCCAUUCGCCUAUAGCUACCCCUUCCACGGUAAUAACAGUACCUUCACAUGCACAAAUUCAACUGACUACUUGAUCACGUUUUGCCCCUCCUCUAUUCCCAACACCACCAGAAGCUCGAUGGCUCCAUUUCCAGAACCAAAAGAUAAUUCUCUAAGGACGUUAAAACCCAUACUUGGAGGCUCAGCAGCUUUAGCGGCAUUGAUCAUUAUUGUUGUGAUUGUGCUAGUAGUGAGAGCAAAGAAUGCGAAAAGAAAGAGCGAAUUGAACGACGAGAACAUUGAAGCAGUUGUGAUGUUGAAACGUUAUAGCUUUGAAAAAGUCAAGAAGAUGACAAACUCGUUUGAUCAUGUUAUAGGGCAAGGAGGAUUUGGAACUGUCUAUAAAGGAAAACUACCGGAUGCUAGCGGCCGAGAUAUUGCACUGAAGAUCUUGAAAGAGUCAAAGGGGAAUGGAGAAGAGUUCAUCAAUGAACUAGUUAGCAUGAGUAGAGCUUCUCAUGUUAAUAUCGUUUCUCUGUUUGGAUUUUGCUAUGAAGGGAGCCAGAGAGCUAUUAUCUACGAGUUCAUGCCGAAUGGAUCGCUUGACAAGUUUAUAUCCGAGAAUAUGUCUACGAAGAUAGACUGGAAAACGUUAUACAACAUUUCCGUAGGUGUUGCUCGCGGGUUAGAGUACUUGCACAAUAGUUGUGUAUCCAAGAUUGUGCAUUUCGAUAUAAAGCCACAGAAUAUACUCAUAGACGAAGACUUUUGCCCAAAGAUUUCGGAUUUCGGUCUUGCUAAGUUGUGCAAAAAGAAAGAAAGUGUCAUAUCAAUGUUAGACGCGAGAGGGACAGUAGGCUACAUUGCUCCUGAAAUGUUUUCCAAGAACUAUGGAGGAGUUUCGCAUAAGUCGGAUGUGUAUAGUUAUGGAAUGGUGGUUCUUGAGAUGAUCGGGGCAACGAAAAGAGAAGGAGUUGAAACUUCUACGACCAAUAAAAGUUCAAUGUACUUUCCAGAUUGGGUCUAUGAGGAUCUUGAGAGGAAAGAAACCAUGAGACUAUUAGAAGAUCAUAGAAUCGAAGAAGAAGAAGAGAAGAUAGUGAAAAAAUUGACAUUAGUAGGUUUGUGGUGUAUACAGACCAAUCCAUUGGAUCGUCCACCAAUGAGAAAAGUUGUUGAAAUGUUAGAGGGAAGUCUAGAAGCUCUACAGGUUCCACCUUAGCCUCUCUUGAAUUUACACGUAGUAACAGAUUGGGAAGGUAGUCAACAGACUUCUAGUCUGUCGACACAAAGCUUGUUAGAGAGAAAAACUCGUUCGAAUUACCAAUAUACGCCAAGUGUUUCCAAAGAAGCGGUUUAAGAUAUUGUGGAAGAGAAACAAGAGAGUUGUCAAAAUGUUGGGAUCAUCUUGUUGGCUUCUUGAUGACACUUAUUUUGCUGAUCUUUAUCAUUGCAUUAUUCAUGUGUAAGUGUUAGCCCAAACUAAACGAAUUCUUUUCUU